GGAGGGAUUUUUCCCGGCAGCAUUUGCAAGUUCUGUAUUGCAUGCAUGCACACAUGUGCUGAGGAGGGGCCUACGACGAAUAAAAAUUCGCGGACAAAUUUCCAGUUUCGACGCCUUCCAAUUUAUUCAAGAACUAAACAUUUUGUUGACAGUAAGCGGGAAAAAGGUUCUUUAAAAAUGGCUGAAGACCAGGAUCUUGUCACUAUGAUGACAAUUCUUCAGCAAACAGUCACGACGACAGACACUCAUGAAUUGGAACUUGCUCAGAAGUUUCUAGAACAAGCUGCACAAGAAAACUUUAACAAAUACCUGGCUCUCCUGGCCCAGAUAUUGGCCAACGCUUCGUAUGAUGCCGUGCCGCGCAUGGCGGCAGGCCUCCAGCUUAAAAAUGCCCUGACGUCCAAAUCACCCGAAGUGCGGGCCUUGUACCAGCAGCGAUGGCUGGCGCUCGACAACAAACUGAAAACUGAGAUCAAACUAAUGGUUUUGCAGUCACUUGGAACAGAGACCCACUCGACGAAAGCUGCUGCUCAGUGCGUGGCCUGCAUUGCCUGUACAGAAAUUCCCGUACAGUCCUGGCCGGAUUUAAUCCCCCAUCUUCUGAGCAAUGUCACCAGUCUCGGCAGCACCGAAGCACUCAGGGAAGCCACCUUGGAAGCCAUCGGAUACAUCUGCCAAGACAUCGAGCCGGAACACUUGCAGUCACAAUGCAAUGAGAUGCUCACAGCGAUUGUCCAAGGAAUGAGAGUCGAGGAAGAAAGCUUUAGGGUGAAGUUGGCUGCCACAACCGCCCUGCUCAACUCACUAGAAUUCACAAAGGCAAACUUUGAAAAAGAGGCCGAACGCCAUUACAUCAUGCAAGUUGUUUGUGAAGCCACACAGUGUAAAGACAUGCAAGUGGAGGUGGCGGCGCUACAGUGUUUGGUCAAAAUCAUGUCCCUCUAUUACCAGUAUAUGGAGGCCUACAUGGGACCUGCACUAUUUGCUAUAACUGUGGAAGCAAUGAAGAGUCAGAACGAUGAAGUAGCUCUCCAAGGCAUUGAGUUCUGGUCCAACGUCUGCGACGAAGAGAUGGACCUUGCCAUCGAAGCCUCAGAGGCUCAAGAGCAGGGGCGGGUACCAGAACACAGCAGUCAGUUCUACGCCAAGGGAGCCUUAGCCUACCUGGUGCCAAUCUUGACGACCCUACUCGCAAAGCAGGAGGAGUUUGACGACGAGGAUGAUUGGAUCCCCUGCAAAGCCGCCGGCGUCUGCCUCAUGCUGCUGGCCAACUGCUGCGAGAACGACAUCAUUCACUUGGUCCUUCCGUUUGUCAAUGCACACAUCAACAGCGAGGAGUGGAGGCUCAGAGACGCAGCUGUCAUGAGCUUUGGCUCGAUUCUGGAAGGGCCUGACCCGGACUGCCUCAAGCCCGCAGUCACCGAGGUGACCAACCCGCUGAUUGGCCUGCUGAGAGACGAGAGCGUGGUGGUGCGAGACACGGUGGCCUGGACGCUGGGACGCAUCUGUGAGCUGCUGCCGGAGGCCAUUCUCAACGACAAGAUCUUCCCUCAACUCCUGGAGGCGUUGGUUGUCAGUUUGGACGCCGAGCCCAGAGUCGCUGCCAACAUAUGCUGGGCAUUUUCUAGUUUGGCCGAGUCGGCGUAUGAGACCGCCCUUCGCGGAAUGCCAGAAGAAGGAGAGCCAACGUCAUACUGUCUGUCAUCUAGCUUUGAAGUCAUCACAAAGAAACUCGUCACCACAGCGGAUAGAUCCGACGCUCACCAAGCAAACCUAAGAAAUGCUGCAUACGAAGCCUUGAUGGAACUGAUGAAAAACAGUGCUCAGGACUGUUAUCCAGUGAUUCAAGGAGUCACCAAAAUCGUGUUGGAAAGAAUUAAAGUCAUUCUGCAGAUGGAGUCACAUGUCCACUCUUCAGAACGCAUCCAGUACAACGACCUGCAGUCACUUCUGUGUGCUACAUUACAGAGUGUCUUAAGAAAGAUGAAACUGGAGGACGUGAAAGCAAUCUCGGACGAAGUCAUGAUGCUGCUCUUGCAGAUGUUCAACUCGGGCAACAUGAAAUCUGGAGGCGUACGGGAAGACGCUCUGUUGGCCGUCGGGACACUUGUCGAAGUUCUGGGCGUUGAGUUCCUCAAGUACGUGGAGGUGUUCAAGGUUCAUCUCUUCUGUGGGCUGGACAACAUCAUGGAGUAUCAGGUGUGCCUAGCCGCGGUGGGUCUGGUCGGGGACAUGUGCCGAGCCUUGAACACACACAUCGCGCCGUUAUGUGACGACAUCAUGCAACGCCUCAUGACGAAUCUUCGGAAUGAGCACGUACACCGCACCGUCAAACCUCAGAUAUUAUCCGUCUUUGGCGAUAUAGCCCUAGCCAUCGGCCCCGCGUUUAUGAAGUACCUUCCCUUGGUCAUGGAGACACUACAGCAAGCUAGCCAGACAAAAGUGGACAAGACUGAUUAUGAUAUGAUUGACUGCUUAAACGAGCUGAGGGAAGGUUGUGUGGAGGCCUACACUGGCAUUAUACAGGGUCUGAAGAGCGAAGAUGACUCCCUCAAUCCUGAGCUUGAGUCAUUGUUUGCCCACGUGUCUUUCAUCAUCGCCUUCAUUGAAGAGAUUGCCGGAGACGAGGAUCAUACGGAUGGCAUUGUUGGGGCUUGUGCUGGGCUGAUUGGUGACCUGUGCUCAAUCUUCAAGAAUCCUGUUGCAGACCUCAUGGACCGACCUUUGGUCCAAGAAAUCCUGACGGAGGGGCGACGGUCCAAGAAUUCCAAGACCAAGUCGCUAGCGUUCUGGGCCUCCAAAGCUAUCCGCAAAGCCAAGAAUCCCCAGCAGUGAGUGACACAAGACACUGCAUCCAGCAUCUACUAGUGGCCACCAAAGCGAGAUGUAACCGGAACAUCGUAAUUUCACGUCACGUUGGGCCGCGGGCGAGAAAAACACCGUCAUGCUGUCCAUUCGUGCGAUAUCCAGUUGAGUUGUAUGAAGGAGUGAGUGAGUUGUAGUGACUGUGAUGAGUAUAAGCCUGCUGCCGAAAAAAAAGAGGUGUGAGUUUUUUUGCGAGUUGAGUAUCGUGGCUCAAAUCUUUCGUGAGAGUGCAGUGUGUACUCUUGUAACGACAAUAACAUGAUUUUU